GCAGUAAUUUGUCUCUCAUUUAUGUAUAUGAUUUUCAUAUAAUAGCAGCUAUUUAUAUGUAUUAAAAUAUGAAUAUGCAAACUAAAUUGUAUACUAGUUUUAUUGUGUUGCUUGGAAUUAUCCAAAACUUAGAAUGCUUAGUGAUUGACGGUUGUCCAUUAUUUGGAUGCAGACCAAGCGGAUCAUUUUCGUUUUACCUUCAAGUUCCUAGAGAAAACGUGUCCUUUAAAUGGAGCAGCUCGUUUGUUCUUGACCCUGUUCCAAACGCUCUCGGAUGCGUUGCUGACAGUGUUAAUAUUGUAUGCCCGUCUAACGGCCCGUUCUCGGAGGACAAAGGAUACAUAAGUUUGUAUAUCGAAAAUGGAACCAUUCGAUGGCGUGAUCGCGUGCUGCAUUUCCCUACGUUACCAUUGCUUGACAACUACGGUGACGUCACAGGAUCUGAUGGAGAAAAACUGGUACAUUAUGAUAGGGAUGGAAAACUGUAUCCUAUUAUUAAAUGUUAUGGUUUAAAUCCUAUGUUCAGCAUGCAGCUUGUUGGGACUAUGUACCUGCUACUAGUUGGCGAGCAAGGAGGACUUGUUGUCAGGGACACGAACGCUAUUCCAGUUGCAGAGAUAUUCCUUAACGAUACGGUACAACGAACAAACGGCACAUUUCUUCCAAUCUCACAGCCAGUCGUGAACGGUCAACGAUUCUACUUGCUGACAGAGUUUGUUCCAGAGUCCGAAAAUUUUGAUCCGUCAGUUUUGAACCUCCAACGUUUAUAUGCCAUUGACAUUCAUGAUAGACCUGCAGACAUAAUGACAAUCGCUUGGUCUUACAACUUUGAAAUGGAAAGUCCAACCAAUGAUGAAAUCAAUCAAGUUUCCAGAAAUGAAAAGAUUAUGCAUAUUAGAAACAGUAUCCAAAAACAGCAAAAUCUUUUGUGGGACUAUGCAACUCAAGGUGUCUACGUUUCUUUGCCGCCACCAUACAUGAGCAAUAGACAAUCAACUUUCUGGGGAUUCAGGGACGAGGGAAAUGAUACAUCAUUGACAAUUCGUUCACCUCUUGACGUCUCUCACUUAGCAACAUUUGAAGCUGACUCAGACGAUGUUCGUCAUCAUGACGGUGGUAAACAAAGUGGCUCUUAUUUAUGGAUCAGUACGGCCGAUUCUAGGCUAUGCACGAUCAAAUCAGACGGCAAUGUCUCGAGGACUAUAAAUGUUAACUCUAUUUUUGGCACUGACGUUGUUAUAACGUCAAAAUUAGCUCUCGUGAGACAAAACGACACCGCAGACGAUAUAUUGAUAUUCGGGGCAAAAAUAACAAAACAAACAGACUCUUUUCGAAAGGUUGUUGCAUCAUUUCCAAAUAUGAAUAUAAAUGAAACAUUCUACGUUGUUGCCAUAGAUACGUCUUCUCCAACGGGACACAUCAUGUGGAUGCAAGGAUUGCCUGACGGAUAUGAGGUAAAAGGGCAGAUAACAGGGUUCAGUGGUGCAGCCUACCAACAGAAAGAUCAGAUAGUGUUUUAUGCCGACAAUGGAAAAUCUGCGAAAAUAUUUAGCAUCAAUUAACUCGCUAUGUUUGCCAGAUUGGAAUUAAGUUAUUUCAUAUGUACGAUGAAUGAUAACUUGAAUAAAUUAAAUAAACAUUG